AUGUCCUCUCCAAAUGCAAUCCUUCAAAGGGAAGAAAAUUCAGAAAAAGCCUUAUCCCCAUGCUCAUUGAAUCAAUUAUAUCGUUCGAUAAAAUAUGGGGAUUAAAAUAUUUCUUAAAAUAAGCUGCAUACUCUUUUAAAUGAGACUAAACAGUAUGGAACUAAGCCACAUUUGCAAAUUUUGCUAGAGAAUCAGUAUCAGUUCAUAGAGGUGUGAAGGGAAAUAUUUCAGGACUUCACCUAACUUCCCCCUCCGUAAGUGAACAAAAAAAUUUUGUUCGCUCACAGAGGGUCAACUCUCUUUUAAAAAAUUCAAAUAUAAUUUUGAUAAUAAAAUUUUUUUUGGAAUUUAAAAAAUCGCAAUUCGUAAAAUUGGAAAGUAAAUAUUAGUUUAAUUUGUAAAAUUAAUUAUAAAAAAUGCAAGCUGCUUAAAAUUAAACAAAAUAAUUAGAGUUUUUCAUAAUAUAAAUAAUCACUUAUAUAUAAAAAUAUUUUUUAUAAGAAAUUUUUAUAUUAAAAUUUUUUGUCCACCAAGGAGAGUGGAUUUUACCCAAAAAAUAAGGAUUUUCCAAUGGUUUUGUACGCUCACGGUGUGGCGAGAGUUAACGAACUGAAAUUAAUAUCAGCUAAAUUUAGUUUUAGUGAGCAUGUGAAUUUUGGCAAAACUUGUUCGCAAACCAAAAUAUUUGAGUGCUAUUUUUUAGUUUUUCCAAGCGCAAAUUUCUUCAUUCACCAAGUUUUUCCUAAUGUGAAGUUAUUUAAAAAUACCUCCCUACACACCUUCACCAGCUAACAAGAUUAUUUGUCAAUACUUCCUUGUAUGAAUAGAAUCAAAAAUGUUUAUAUAGAUAGGCUAUAACUGUUAUACAUAUUUUAUCAGCCUAAAUUUUUUUCUAUGAAAAGUAUUUUAUGACCUAGCCAAAAGAGAUGGACUAUGCAAUAUAUUAGAAAUUACUAUAAAUCUCAUAGAAAUUGCAUAGAAGCGAUUAUUUGAUAAUAUCUCUAAUAAAUAUUAUUAUCAAAGAUAAGUAGUAAGAUUUGGAGUGAGGCAAGAAUGCGGAUUUUGUGCUUGACGAUCAAUAUCGUUUCAUCAAGGAUGGGGUGAGUUAAGAAAAACAGUGGAACUUUUGCACGAUAGGGUUGGAUUUUAUGCAUAUUCUUGGAAUUGCUUUGCUCCAAUAAGCAGUUCUGAUCCAUAUUCUUAUGUUAAAUAUUCGAUUUCUUUUUUCCGAUCUACCUUUGCCGAAACAAUACAACUGAUUUUGCUCGAUCCCAACUCUGAAACUCAAGAUAUCCAAAAAUUAUUUUGUUUUUCUGAAUAUACAAGAAACAUGAAAAAGUCUGUUACUACACGAUUUUUAAAUACAAUUUAUAUUCCACAAAAUUUAAUUUAUAGCUUUGCCAAUGAAAUUGACAAUCAUGUCCAUAUAUACUAAUUGCCCGAGGAUGGCGCUAUCUUGCGCCAUCCUCUGGCAAUUGAAAAAAUGGUCCCACACCGGAAUUGAGCCCACGUGUGGGGCCCAUUUUGGUGCGUGGAAGUCGAUGUUCUACACACACCAAAAAAUGGCCCCACACGUGGGUUCAAUUCCCAGUGUGGGGCCAUUUUUGAAUUGCCCGAGGAUGGCGCAAGAUAGCGCUAUCCUCGGGCAAUUAGUAUAGCUAUUCAACAGGCUUUCAAUGACUUUUUAGCAAAUAAAAGGUUUGAAAGAGCAGCAACUCUAGCUGAUGCUUAUCAAGAAAAAAAUCCAAAUAUUGCACUUGAAUUCCAAAAUAGAAUUGUUGAAGAAGUAAGCCCUAUAUUGCAUAAAUUAGCCAAAGAGUCAUAUUUAUUCAGUGCUUUUGAUCAAAGUUUAUCAAACGACAAAGACUUAGAGGCUGCAUCAUUUAUUGAGCAUAUGCCUGUAAGCUUCAGAGACACUCUAAGUGAAGUAUACCACCAAAGCCAAGAAAAGGUAAAAAUCCAGCAACAAGAAAAAGAACUUCAAAAAGCAAAGCAGAUUGAACAAGAAAUUGAAAUUCAAAAGCAGCAGCGAACUCAAUUAGCAACUGUUUUUGAUGGAUAUAGAAAAAGAGACAAUUCUAUUGAUUCCUUUCUGUCAUUCAUAGAACAAGACACUGAAGCAAGAUAUUUUAGAAUUGCAGAUAAAGAUAUUCAAACUGAGUGUGAUUUGUUUGGAGUUGAUUUUUUUAGACCUCUUUCUUUUUCUAUGCUAUUUAAUCCACAAAUAGUUCACUUACAAAUUAUCAAGUUUUAUCUUGGGGAUGAUGAAUUGAUCCUUUUAGCUGAAAUGGUAAGAAGAAAUAGAGUUUUAAGAAUCUUGGAGUUUCAAAGCAAUCUCAUUGGAGAUAAGGGAGCCAUUGCUUUAGGAAAAGUGCUAGAAUUGAAUUCUUGUCCUAGUCUUAGUAUUCUUCAUUUGGAGCAAAAUCAAAUUGGCGAUCAGGGAGCCGUAGCUCUUGCUCAAGGACUGCGGAAUCACUCUAAUCUCCAAAUACUUCAUAUUUCUAGCAAUAAAAUUAAAGAUGAUGGAGCUAUUGCGUUGAGCCUAGCUCUCAAAGAGAAUUCAGCACUUCAAGAGCUAUAUUUUACUCCCCCUUUUAAAAUUGGAAUAAAUAGAGAGCAAGGUUUACAUUUUUGGGCAAACCAACUCUUUUAAAUCGAAAUAAAAUUUAAUUUUCCAGUAGAAAUUGCUAUAUUCUAAAACAAUAAUUUAUAUGUAAAUAGCUUUGAUGCCCAAUUUUAUGUGCAAAUCAAAAAAAUUGUGUAUAUGCUUCCUAUUAUUCAAAAAUACAAACAAUAUAGGAAAUUUAAAUUUAAAUUUAAAUUUAAUUUUUUAAAAAUUUAUAAAUUUUUCAUAUAUAUUUUUUGUUCGCCGCCUUUAAAUUGAAGCUGUUUAUUAUUAAAAUCAAAGGAGGAGAUUAGUAGCAAUCAAAUUCAAGACGAAGGAGCGACUGCUCUUGGAGAGGCUUUAAAAGUCAACUCUACUUUGGUUGCUUUAGAUGUUUCCUUCAAUCAUAUUGGCAAUGAUGGAUCUGCUAAAAUAGGAGAAGGGCUUAAGUUAAACUCUUCCCUUAAAAACUUGAAUAUUGCAGGGAACAAGUUAGAAAAUAAUGAUUCUAUGGGAACAACGCAAUGAAUGAUGCUUAAUGAUGCGCUUCAAGGUUUAAAUCUCGAUAAAAUUCAUUUUCAUAGUGAAGGAGCUCAAGCCUUACUCCCCCCCCCCCCCUCCGUGAGCGAACAAAAAAAUUUUUGUUCGCUCACGGAGGGGGGUUAAUUUUUUUUUUUUUAAAAACAAUUUAUAUAUAAAUUUUAUAAAAAAUAUUUUUUUUCGAAAUUUAAAAAAAUCCUAAUUUGCAAAAAUUGGGAAGCAAAUAUUAAUUUAAUUUGCAAAAUUUAUGUUUUAAAACGCAAUUUGUUUAAAAUUAAACAGAAUUAGCUCUAGAUUUCAUUAUACUAAUUAUCACUUAUAUAUCCAAAUUUUUUUCCAUAAAAAAUUUUUUCUAUUAAAAAAAUUUUUGUUCACUCACGGAGGGUGGGUUUUUGGUCAAAAAAUGGCGAUUUUUCUAAUGGUUUUGUUCGCUCACGGAGGGGGGGGGGGAGUUAAAAAAAUACUCGACCUUCAAAGAAUAA